UUCUGUUUUUGUAGCCCUACUGGAUCACAUGUUGAAUGGUGUAAACAGCUGAUAGCUGCAACCAUUUCUAGUCAGAUUUCAGGGUCUGUCCCAUCAGAAGGAGUGUCCAGAGACUACAGGGUAUACAGGAGGCCUGAUAUACGGGCACUGCGGGAUGGAAACAAACUAGCACAGAUGGAAGAAGCUCCACUUUUUCCUGGAGAAUCAAUCAAAGUUAUUGCUAAAGAUGUUAUGUAUAUCUGUCCAUUUAUGGGAGCAGUCAGCGGCACACUGACGGUGACGGACUUCAGAAUGUAUAUCAAAAGUGUUGAAAGGGAUCCACCUUUUGUUGUUGAUGUCCCCCUUGGAGUAAUAAACAGAGUUGAAAAAAUUGGAGUACAGAGCCAUGGGGACAACUCAUGUGGUAUAGAAAUAGUUUGCAAGGAUAUGAGAAACUUGCGGCUUGCCUAUAAACAGGAAGAGCAGAACAGAUUGGAGAUUUUUGAAAACCUCGUUACACGUGCAUUUCCUCUUUCUAAUGGGCUGCCGCUUUUUGCAUUCAGCUAUAAAGAGAAAUUUGCUGCUAACGGCUGGAAAGUAUAUGAUCCAAUGGCUGAAUAUAAGAGGCAGGGCUUGCCCAAUGAGAGUUGGAAAAUAUCCAAAAUUAACAACACCUUUGAGCUUUGUGAUACAUAUCCUGCUAUUCUUGUUGUGCCAACCAGUGUAAAGGAUGAUGACCUCUCAAAAGUGGCAGCAUUUAGAGCAAAAGGCAGAGUUCCAGUGUUAUCCUGGAUUCAUCCUGAGAGCCAAGCAACGAUAACACGAUGCAGUCAACCAUUGGUAGGCCCAAAUGAUAAGCAUUGUAAAGAAGAUGAAAAAUAUUUGCAGACAAUAAUGGAUGCAAAUGCUCAAUCACAUAAACUUAUCAUCUUUGAUGCCAGACAGAAUAGCGUUGCAGAUACGAACAAGGCAAAAGGUGGAGGAUAUGAAAGUGAAAGUGCCUACCCAAAUGCAGAGCUGGUCUUUCUGGAAAUACAUAAUAUACAUGUAAUGAGAGAAUCGCUGCGUAAACUUAAAGAAAUAGUGUAUCCUACUAUUGAUGAGACUCGGUGGUUGUCGAACGUGGACUCCACACACUGGUUGGAAUAUAUAAGAAUGCUUCUUGCUGGAGCAGUAAGAAUUGCUGACAAAAUUGAGUCUAGUAAAACAUCUGUGGUGGUGCAUUGCAGUGAUGGUUGGGAUCGAACUGCCCAGCUCACUGCUCUAGCUAUGCUUAUGCUGGACAGCUAUUACAGAACUAUCAAGGGAUUUGAAGUCCUUAUAGAGAAAGAAUGGAUAAGUUUUGGACACCGGUUUGCAAUGCGAGUAGGACAUGGAGACGAUGACCAUGCUGAUGCAGACCGAUCUCCCAUCUUCCUUCAGUUCAUUGACUGCGUUUGGCAAAUGACCAAGCAGUUUCCUUCAGCAUUUGAAUUCAAUGAAUUAUUUUUGAUCACCAUUCUGGAUCACCUUUAUAGUUGUCUCUUCGGGACUUUCUUAUGCAACUGUGAAAAAGAGAGGGUGAAAGAGGAGGUAAGCACAAAGACUGUGUCGCUGUGGUCCUAUGUAAACAGUCAACUAGAUGAAUUCACAAAUCCUUUCUACGUAAACUAUGAAAACCAUGUCCUGUAUCCUGUUGCCAGUCUGAACCAUUUGGAACUAUGGGUGAACUACUACGUCAGAUGGAACCCAAGAAUGCGGCCUCAGGUUCCUAUUCAUCAGAAUCUGAAAGAACUACUUGCCAUCAGGACCGAACUUCAGAAGAAGGUUGAAGAUUUGCAGCGGGAAGCUGCUACCCGAUCCAUUUCCUCCUCCUCUGAUAGAGGUUCUUCUCCCUCCCAUUCAGCCACACCAGUGCACACCUCUGUGUGAUGUGUAACAAAAGCCGUGUAAAAAAUGUGUCAGGCAAUAUGGAGAGGAGGGUGGAAUGUUUUUCCCAUCCCACAAGAACUGUGACUUAAAAUUGCAAUGAUCUACAUGCCUUACUGUGUCUGGUAUUAUCAUGAUGAGGCCAAAAAGAGCUUCAGUUAAUGUGAUAUAUUUUCUUGCUGGCAGUUCCCACGUGUGUUUUGACUAGCUCAGGCACCGAUUGUGAAAUUAACUUUUGUUUUGAGCAACUAACAAUUUAAUCAUCCUAAAAAGGAAUCAAUCUGUCAGGCAGACAGAAAAUUCCUCUCAUGCUAUCUAGGGUACCAUGCCUGGUUGAGAGACUGGGAUGAAAUGUCACGUGGUGCUUACACGUAAGCAGAACACCGAACGUCCUUCUAAAUGGGAGCUCUUUGUUUCACUCAGUACUUUUUUUUUGACUAGCGCCAAUUGUUUGGGGUUUUUUUUAGGUAAUUGAUGCACUUGGAAAUUGAUUUUAAAUUAAAUGUUUUCCAGUUAAGUCAGGUUUACCUUUUGACUAAGUAAGCCAUUAAAAGUAGAUGAAGUUAAAACUGGAUUUGUCAACUACACCACACUUACUUGUAUGAUGUAAUAUAUUUGGUAAAGCAUGAAUUUUAGGAUUUUUUUAAUGCCUUUUAUACAAGUUUAAAUAAAAUCUUUUGACUAUUUAGCUUAUUGUUCUGUUUCAGCCUCCUGAGUGAGCAGUAAACUUAAUCAUUGCAAGGUCUUGUACAAAGUAAAACUUGUUUUCUAGCGAAUGGUAAUAUUUUGGGUUGGAAUGUCACCCAGCUGUGUACAUUGUAUAGUCUGUAUAGCUGCACAUUUUGCUAAGUGUGUUUUGUUUUAAAGUGUACACAUAAAAUGCAGUUCUCUGUCCCUUUAUGUACAUGUGUAUGUGAUGCUAAACAUAUGCAUACUUCCAUGUUUUUAAGCUGUAAGUUCAGAAAAUGGUUCCUGCCUAUCCAAACUCUUUCAAAGACCUUAACUUGUAAUGACUUUGUUUGACAAAGUUUUUAAAUAACAUGUUCUUAAUUGGUUUCCUUGAAAUAAAGCUUGAGGGCUUUUUGUUUUGUAAA